ACUGUGGCACACACGAGCGGAGGCGCGUGAGUCAAGACACGUGUGACGUGGGUUGGUGUCUCAUCACAAUUUUCAUGGGUGUUAAAGAAAAAAAAAAUAUUCACGACCUCUUCGUCUUCUUCCCCCAAUCUGCGAAGAACACAUGAAAUUUUCCACUGGAUCAACAAGAAUUAUGCAUCAAUUUAGCUGAAAAACACAAAAAUAAUUUCCGAUCUGAACCGAGAGUGAAUCGAUUUUGGUAAUUCUUCUUCUUAAGGAAAUCAAUUGAACCUGAUCGUUGUCUAUAUUUGAUCAAGACACUUGCCUUCUUCGUUUUCUUACUGUUUACUGGUUGUGAUUUAUGACGAGAGAUGGAAGGAGGAGGGGUUUCGGAGGCGCAGUAAAAUGGCGCGGAAAUGGAGUGGAAGUCUAAAUCUUGAGUCACUGGGAUCUGGAAACCUUGGUUGGUAGUUGGAAACCACUGGUCAUCUUCUUCUUUUCUGCAUAAUCGGUAACAAAUGACAAUAGUUCAGAGCAAGGAUUAGAUCUUUGCUUUUUUUUUUUUUUUAACCCGGAGAUCGUUGUUCUCCUCUCUGUUCCUUGAUCUGUAAUUAGUUGCUUCUUGAUCCCUAUUUGAGGACUAUUGAGAGUUCAGUUUUGUGGGUGAGCUUGAUAAUAAUCGCAGUUUCAGCGGAAUUUCUAGGGAUUUCGGGGGCUUGGUUUAUAUAGAGAAGUUGUUUUUAUUUACUUGUAUGCAAACAUGCAUGCCAGGCACCGGAGUCCGGGAAAUGGGUAUCGGUCUGGUUCAAUGAGCAUGGGACUUUCUGCGUCUCGAAUAUCGCCGGAGAGUUCAGUUAGAGGUCAUGGGUUGUAUAAUUCAGAGUAUCGGAGCUUCAAUCGUGGUUUUGGGCGCUGCCAGGGCCAGCCCAAAUCGUUUCCUCCACCUUCCACUCCUCCUCGGAGAAGUACUGGCGGUGACAUUUUCAUGGAAGCUGGUCGACUUGCAGCUGAAUAUUUAGUCUCUCAGGGCUUCUUGGCGCCUAGUGUACUGUCUGGUAAAUGGCAGAACGGUAGUUUGAAGAAUCAGGCGGGUGAGCUUCAGGAGUUUAGGUCUCACGAUAACGAGAAUUUGCAUCUUCCUCCUCCUGAUGUCCGGCCAUCAGCUCUUUCCCGGCUCGGUAAUUCAGUUUCCGAUGCUGGGUUGGGUCGGAGAAGGUAUGUCGACGAUUAUUCAUCAACUGGGUCAAGGAGUCAUUUGAAAGGAAGAAGACAAGGCGGGUCCUUCCGUUAUGGGUCGGAUUUUGGUAGAGAAUACGGGAGGAGUGGCUCCUGGUCUGAGAGAAAUAGAGGUUCUUCUGAUGUGGAGGGUGAUGAUGAUACCAUUCCCGCACAUCACGAAGAACAGCCGGUGGGUAAAGAUGUUGGUAGUGGGAUUCAGAAGCCGAGCUCUGGUGAGCUUGCUACAAAGGUUGAAGAAGCCGGUGAGUCAGAAACCGAGUUGGAUAAAAACAACUUCCAGGAUGAAACACGGUCUUCAUGUAUUGGAAAAGAUUCACCCCAUGAUGGGGAAGUCUCCACAAAGCCUGAAAAUUCCCCGGUGGAGCUGAAGAAUGAGAAUGAUGAGAACCAGAAAUUGGUUGCUGUGGAGGGGGAGACUCCGCAGCCAGAGGAAGGUGACUCCUCAGGGAAGAAGAACGUCACUGAUUUGUUGACAUUGUGCAAAUUCCCUAACUUGCGUACCAAAACUCGCUCUGCAUUAAUGGUGAAAGGUUCAAGGUCUGAUUCAGUAUCAAAUAGAGUGGGAACCACUUCUGAUGUCAAACCUUUAGUUGAAGAGGACCCUUUAAAUAAUUCAUCACGCGACUUGCUGUCCAAUAAAAAUCAUGACUUGCAACUCCCUGACUGUGACAAUUCUAAAGCUUUGUCUGUUCCGGAGUAUGGUGGAGUAUUAGUUCCUGAAGAAGAUGCUGAGCAGGCGAAGUGUCAUAGCUAUCAAUCUUUCCCUAACAGAGUUCUUGUGGAUGACAAUGAGCAAGAAGAAGACCAGGGGUUGACUGGCCUUAUGAGAUCAACCUCCAUGAUUCUGGAGAGAGGUGAGAAACGAGAUGCGGAAGAAAAUGAUUUGAGGGAGGAAGCUAAUAGACAGAGUAGCUAUCAAUCUUUCCCUAAUAGAAUUCUUGUGGAUGACAAUGAGCAAGAAGAAGACCAGGGGUUGACUGGCCUUAUAAGGUCAACCUCCAUGAUUCAGGAGAGAGGUGAGAAACGGGCUGCGGAAGAAAAUGAUUUGAGGGAGGUAGCUAAGAGACAGAGAGAAUGGCUUCCCUCGGUGGCUUCCAAGUCUGACGAGUGCUUUAGUAUCCCUUCUGUGAAUGAGAAAGAAGAGACUCCGGAAGAAGAGAAGCCUUCACAAAGUGAGGAGGUGACAAUGGCUGUUGAUCAUGGCAGCUUGGUAAACAAUCAUAGGAUCCCUGUGGGCGGUGAUGAACCAUGCAUUCAGGAUGCCCAAGAGAAGCAGCUUUUUCCUAGUUCCUUUAAGAUCUGUGACCUUAAUCUUGUGGGAGUAGCUGAUUUGAAUGAGAACAAUCAUGGUGAUCCUAUGCUUGUUUUCCCUCCUAUUUCAGAAAUUAAAAAGAAAGCUGGUCCGGUUGAUGUUGAUUUGUCAAUGAGUAGUUCCAAUAAAUCUGGUGAAUAUGGUGGACAUACAAGUAAUGGUAAGGAGAUAGAAGUAAUUGACUUGGAGAGUGAUUCUACACAAGAACUUAAGGCUGGUGAUAUUUUAGAUAGGAAGCAACAGUCUGUAUUUCUGGGCUUCCCUAAUCAUACUCAGAAUAAUGGUGAUAUUACAGACGUUACUGACUUCAAUGAUGGGCUUAUGAUGGUGGAGUUCCUCAAUUCUCUUGCAAAUCUUCCUCAUGUACCACCAGGAAUGAAUCCAGUGUCAGAAGAGAUUAAUCAUGCUACACAGGAUGUUAAUUCCCUACAGAAUGAAAUGUCCCUUCAUAAUGGAGAGGGGACGCUUGGUGAUCAAGGGCCUCUUGGUGAUGAUGAUUCAAUAUAUAUGUCCUUGGGAGAAAUACCAUUAAGCUAUUUGCGGGGCUGGGAGCAGCCACCACCACAGGAAUAUGAAAAACCGUUCUGAUUCAGCAGGUGCUGGGAAUCUACAAGGAUGUGCUACUUGAUGGUUAGUAUUGGUCACCAGAGCUUGUUGCAACAUUUACCUCUGCCUGUAGGCAACUAUGCUUAAGUUUAAUUUGAUUUUGUUUAUAAGAAUGCAAGUGUUUCUUCCAUUGAUAAGAGCUAUAUGGUGAAUGCUUUAUCUUUUUCGGCUGUUAUACCUCAUUUCUCAAAUGGUAAAAUUGUUCUCUA